AUGAGCUUUGCCGGUCUAGCGACUAGCCUUAUGUCUCUCUUUUGCAUAAUUGCAUUUUCCGGAAAAGAGGAACUAUAUAUUUAUUCGCUUUUGGCUGUCGCAUUUUCUAGCCAAUUCGAGGACCUCCCUGUUCCUCCCAGUGAGCAAAAAGUCCUUAACUUGCAACUAGGCGAGUGUUUCGAUGAAGAAAUGAUUAACGGAGCGAUAGAAAGAAAUUAUAGUAAUUUUUUGCAUCCCGUUGUAGGUAUAAAUUCCAAAGCACAAAAGCGAGCGGCUAAAGAACGAAAAGCGGAAUAUGAUCUGUAG